GCUCCCCCUAACCCGGUUUCAGUUCAAACCAUUUCCCCACCGUUCCUCCCGACCUCUCCGGCUAGGGUUUGCCCCCUCUCUCCCUCGCCUCCUCUCGUCGUCUCCCCCAUCUCCGGCUAGGGUUUGCCCGUCCCACCUCGCCCGACGCCCUCCUCGCCCUUGCCACCGCUGGGACCAGGGAUGCCGCAAGAGGAAGGUGGGGGCGAGGCGUCGCCGCAGGUGGAAGGCGAGGCGCAGCCACCCGCUGAUGUCCCCGUGGACGAGGCCAUGGCGGUGGAGGAGGAUAAAUCCGUCAUAGGUGAGGGAGGCCCGACCGAGGCCGCCGGCACCGUUGAUUCCGUGAAGGGUUCGGCGAACGCUGAAGGAGCUGGCGCGGAGGGGUCCGGGGAGGAGCGGAAUGGUGACGCGGCGGUGGAUUUGGCUGGUGAGGCUGAGAAAUUGGAGAACGGGGAUGGGCGCGCGAAGGUGGAAGGUGAGAAGGGCGGCUCGCCGGAGGAGGGAGGCGGUAGCGAUGGCGAUAACAAGGGCGUGGAUGGUCAGAAUCAGCCUGCCGAGAACCAGCUUGUGUUGGUGCCGGCUGAGGAGGACCUGGCACCGUCCAAGAUCUCAAACAACUCCUUCAUGUUCGAUUACACCAGUGGCGGUGAUGACUCAGGGACGGAGGACGAGCAGGCUGCUUUCAUGAAGGAGCUCGAGCUGUUCUACAGGGAAAAGAUGAUGGAGUUCAAGCCCCCAAAAUUUUACGGUGAAGGGCUGAAUUGCCUCAAGUUGUGGAGACAAGUAACUGGAUUAGGUGGCUAUGAUCAGGUGACAUCGUGCAAACUGUGGCGUCAAGUGGGGGAGUCGUUCAAACCUCCAAAGACAUGCACAACUGUUUCAUGGACCUUCCGUAACUUCUAUGAGAAGGCACUCCUUGAAUAUGAGAAACACAAAAUUGCAACAGGAGAAUUCCAAGUAGCUGCAUCCACUUUAACAGAACGAAUUGCUUCUGAAAAUCAGGUGGGUGGAAGCCACGCAUCAGGCUCUGGAAGAGCCAGAAGAGAAUCUGCGACUCGUGCUAUGCAAGGCUGGCAUUCUCAGCGUCUCCUAGGCAAUGGUGAAAUUGCUGAUCCACUUAUUAAGGAUAAAGGUGCUAUUGUCAUAAAGAAGGAUAAAAUUCCUAAAAGCAGUGGUUCUGCCAAGAGGAAAAGGACACCAACCUUGGAUGACGACAGGGUGGUGCCAUAUAAAUCUGAUAAGCUACAAAAUGACUCGAUGGUUACUGACAUGGGCCCUCCUGCUGAUUGGGUGAAGAUAAAUGUUAGGAGAACCAAGGAUUGCUAUGAAGUCUAUGCAUUGGUUCCUGGCCUUCUGCGGGAAGAGGUACAUGUUCAGUCUGAUCCUGCUGGUCGUUUGAUAGUUACUGGAGAGCCUGAGCAACUAGAUAAUCCAUGGGGUGUCACUCCGUUCAAGAAGGUCAUUAGUUUGCCUUCCCGAAUUGAUCCUCACCAAACCUCCGCAGUCGUCACUCUCCAUGGGCAGCUAUUUGUGCGUGCACCGUUUGAGCAAUCAAAAUAAUGAUGCUCUUCACAGUGAAGCACAAUAAUACAUAUUCGUCUUGUGGGUGUGAUUAUAUGAUUGUGACUUGAGCUUAGAAGUUCUCGCCCUGAUCUUCAACAAAAAUUAGUUCCUUGCUGAUUCUAAUGCUUCUGGACUCCUUCCAGGCUAGAUCUCUCCUGUAUUAAUUAAGUUUUUUAGUUGACCUAGUUCUGUAUUCGGCUGUGAUAUGUAGCAAAAGCUAAAUUACCGAGCCUGUAGUUUAGGAUGUUAAUAGUAUGAUGCUCAACAUGUUCAUGGUUUCUUUCCUAUUUAACCGUCAUAAAGGGUACCAUUUGUAGCAUGUAGCUUGUUCCCAGUAUUUGAGUUCUCAGAACAUGGAGACAGGUAAAUUCAUUGUAUGUAACUGUUGCCCGGUGCAUUGCUAUUCAACAUUUAUUGUCAAAACAGUCUCAAAA